AUGAGAUGUGAAGCAAAUGUACAAUUGAAUCUAUCACACAAUCAGCUAACAGGUCCAAUCCCUGAAACUUUCUCCAAACUCAAUCAGAUUGAGAUCUUGGAUAUAUCACACAAUCAGUUGAGUGAUGUGAUACCCUGGCAAUUGACUCAACUACAGUUCUUGGAGGUCUUCUCAGUUGCUUACAAUAACUUAUCUGGAUGUACACCAGAUUUCAAAUACCAAUUUGCCACAUUUAAUGUGAGUAGCUAUGAGGGUAAUAUGGGAUUGCAUGGGCCGCCUCUUGAGAAGUCCUGCACAUCUGACUCAAGUCCAACUAUGCCAGCUAAAGUAGAAGAAAACCAAGAUGAUAGCAGUGAGGAUGAUGCCGUCUACUUUGCAAUACUUGCAGCUUCAUUCAUGGCUGGCUUUUGGGGAU